UGCUUCUCAUUUGUUCACAGAGAUGCUGCAGUUUGUCAGCAAUCAAGUGGGAGAGUUUUCUGACUUGUUCUCGGAGCAGCUGUGUGGCUCCUUCCCCAGCGGCGGUGGAAGUGGAAGUGGCGGCGGAAGUGGCGGCAGCAGCAGCAGUAAUGGCGGGGGCAGCGGUGGUGGAGCCGGGGAGCCCUCGAUGCAGCGCUCCUUCAGCCAGGUCCCAUUACCUUCCUUCUCUCCCUCAGCCACCUCCCCCCAGGCUGCAGCCCUGCAGGUCAAGGUUUCCCCCACCUCGGUUCCUAACCCGCCAAGGGCAACUCCCGUUCUUCAGCCCCGCCCCCAGCCCCAGCCCCAGCCUCAAGCUCAGCUGCAGCAGCAGACGGUAAUGAUCACCCCAACAUUCAGCACUGCUCCCCAGACGAGGAUCAUCCAGCAGCCUCUGAUAUACCAGAAUGCGGCUACCAGCUUCCAAGUCCUUCAGCCUCAAGUCCAAAGCCUAGUGACAUCCUCCCAGGUGCAGCCGGUCACCAUCCAGCAGCAGGUGCAGACAGUGCAGGCCCAGCGGGUGCUGACGCAGACGGCCAAUGGCACGCUGCAGACCCUCGCCCCAGCCACGGUGCAGACAGUGGCUGCGCCCCAGGUGCAGCAGGUCCCGGUCCUGGUACAGCCCCAGAUCAUCAAGACAGAUUCCCUUGUUCUGACCACACUGAAGACAGAUGGCAGCCCUGUCAUGGCCACAGUCCAGAACCCAGCCCUCACCGCCCUCACCACCCCCAUUCAGACAGCCGCCCUGCAAGUACCAACCCUGGUGGGCAGCAGUGGGACCAUUCUGACCACAAUGCCUGUGAUGAUGGGGCAAGAGAAAAUGCCCAUUAAGCAAGUACCCGGGGGAGUCAAGCAGCUUGAACCCCCCAAAGAAGGAGAAAGACGGACGACACACAACAUCAUUGAGAAGCGGUAUCGCUCCUCCAUCAAUGACAAAAUCAUCGAGUUGAAGGACUUGGUCAUGGGGACAGAUGCCAAGAUGCACAAGUCUGGCGUUUUGAGGAAGGCCAUCGACUACAUCAAAUACUUGCAGCAAGUCAAUCACAAACUGCGCCAGGAGAACAUGGUGCUGAAGCUGGCGAGUCAGAAGAACAAGCUCCUGAAGGGCAUUGACCUAGGCAGCCUCGUGGACAGUGAUGUGGACCUGAAGAUGGAUGACUUCAAUCAGAAUGUGCUCCUGAUGUCCCCUCCGGCCUCUGACUCGGGGUCCCAGGCCGGCUUCUCCCCCUACUCCAUCGACUCUGAGCCCGGAAGCCCUCUGUUAGAUGAGGCAAAGGUCAAAGAUGAGCCGGACUCUCCUCCCAUGGCGCUGGGCAUGGUGGACCGCUCUCGAAUCCUGCUGUGUUUCCUCACUUUCCUGUGCCUGUCCUUUAACCCCCUGACCACCCUGCUGCGGUGGGGAGGGGCCCACGACUCUGACCUGCACCCAUCCUCGGGCUCUGGCCGCAGCGUACUGUCACUGGAGUCAGGUUCUGGGGGCUGGUUCGACUGGAUGAUGCCAACGCUCCUCUUGUGGCUGGUCAAUGGAGUGAUUGUCCUGAGCGUCUUUGUGAAGCUGCUGGUCCAUGGGGAGCCAGUGAUCCGGCCACAUUCGCGCUCCUCCGUCACCUUCUGGAGGCACCGGAAGCAGGCAGACCUGGACCUGGCCAGGGGGGAUUUUGCGGCGGCUGCUGCCAACCUACAAACCUGCCUGUCGGUGUUGGGCCGGGCGCUGCCCACCUCCCGCCUGGACCUGGCCUGCAGCCUCUCCUGGAACGUGAUCCGCUACAGCCUGCAGAAGCUGCGCCUGGUGCGCUGGCUGCUCAAGAAGGUCUUCCAGUGCCGGCGCAACAACACCACCCGGGACGCUGCCCUGGCCUACCACAGGCUGCACCAGCUGCACAUCACAGGGAAGCUCCCUGCGGGAUCUGCCUGUUCAGACGUCCACAUGGCUUUGUGCGCUGUGAACCUGGCGGAAUGUGCAGAGGAGAAAAUCCCGCCCAGCACGCUGGUGGAGAUCCACCUGACUGCGGCCAUGGGGCUCAAGACCCGGUGUGGAGGCAAGCUGGGCUUCCUGGCGAGCUACUUCCUCAGUCGAGCCCAGAGUCUGUGUGGCCCCGAGCGCAAUGCUGUCCCUGACUCGCUGCGCUGGCUCUGCCACCCCCUUGGCCAGAAGUUUUUCAUGGAGCGGAGCUGGUCAGUGAAGUCAGCUGCCAAGGAGAGUCUGUACUGUGCCCAGAGGAACCCAGCCGACCCCGUUGCCCAGGUCCACCAGGCCUUCUGCAAGAACCUGCUGGAGCGAGCGGUGGAGUCCUUGGUGAAGCCUCAGGCCAAGACAAAGGCCGGAGACCAGGAAGAAGAGAGCUGUGAGUUCUCCAGUGCCCUCGAGUACCUGAAAUUGCUUAAUUCUUUUGUGGACUCUGUGGGGAUCGUGACCCCGCCCUUCUCCUGCAGCUCCGUGCUCAAGUCCGCCCUUGGUCCAGACGUCGUCUGUCGUUGGUGGACUUCUGCCAUCACUAUGGCCAUCGGCUGGCUCCAGGGAGACGACACGGCUGUCCGUGCUCAUUUUACCGAAGUAGAGCGUGUCCCCAAGGCCCUGGAAGUGACCGAGAGCCCCCUGGUGAAGGCCGUCCUCCACACCUGCAGAGCCAUGCACGCCUCGCUCCCUGGGAAGGCAGACGUGCAGCAGAGUGCCCUCUGCCACUGUGAAAGGGCCAGCGGUCACCUGUGGAGCAGCCUCAAUGUCAGUGGGGCCACCUGCGACCCCACCCUCAAUCACGUGGUCCAGCUGCUGAUCUCUGACCUGCUCCUGUCGCUGCGGACAGCACUCUGGCAGAAGCAGGCAGGAGCCAGCCAGGCCCUGGGUGAGACCUACCACGCGUCUGGUGCUGAGCUGGCUGGCUUCCAGCGGGACCUGGGCAGCCUGCGCAGGCUGGCACACAGUUUCUGCCCAGCCUACCGCAAGGUGUUCCUGCAUGAGGCCACCGUGCGUCUGAUGGCAGGAGCCAGCCCCACCCGCACCCACCAGCUGCUGGAGCACAGCCUGCGGCGACGCACUGCGCAGGGCACGAAGCACGGAGAGGUGGACGCCUGGCCCGGCCAGCGAGAGCGAGCCACUGCCAUCCUGCUGGCCUGCCGCCACCUUCCCCUCUCCUUCCUCUCCUCCCCGGGCCAGCGGGCAGUGCUGCUGGCUGAGGCCGCCCGCACCCUGGAGAAGGUGGGUGACCGGCGCUCCUCCAACGACUGCCAGCAGAUGAUUGUCAAGCUGGGGGGUGGCACCGCCAUCGCCGCCUCCUGACCACUGGGCCCUGCCCACCUUGGCCCACUGCCUCUGUCUCUCAGUCUCCCUCUCUCUCCUCUAUCUCUCAGUCUCUCCUUCCUCUCUCUCUCUCUCUCAGUCUCUCCCUCC